AUGCAGCAUCUGGACAGGAAGUGGGACUUCCUGAUUGGGGGGGAGGUCAAAAACUGCGGUGGGGUGGCGCCGGCGGCCGGCGGAGCCUGCGCGUCUCCUCCGCCGUUAUCGCGGGCGCUUGCGCCGCCGCGCGCCGGGAGCGACGCGCCCAGUCCGCCCGUGGCGCACCCCAAGUUCGGCAAUAAAAAGUUGCCCAACGCCAUCAUCGUUGGCGUGAAGAAGGGAGGAACCAGGGCGGUUCUGGAGUUCAUACGCAUCCACCCGGACGUGAGAGCCGCUGGCACCGAGACGCACUUUUUUGACAGGCACUACGGCAGAGGGCUCGAGUGGUACAGAGGUGCGAUGCCGAGGACCCUUGAAGGGCAACUCACCAUGGAGAAAACGCCGAGCUACUUUGUGACAAAAGAGACGCCGCGCAGGAUCGCCGCCAUGUCCCGAGACACCAAGCUCAUCGUGGUGGUGCGCGACCCCGUCACCCGAGCCAUAUCGGACUACACGCAGACUUUGUCGAAAACCCCCGACUUGCCGAGCUUCCGGGAACUGGCCUUCCGGAACCAAAGCUCGGGCCCGGUGGACACCUCCUGGAACGCCAUCCGCAUCGGCCUGUACGCCCUUCACCUGGAGAACUGGCUGCGCUACUUCCCCCUGGCUCAGAUGCACUUUGUCAGCGGCGAGCGCCUCAUCGCCGACCCGGCGGGCGAGCUGGCCCGGGUGCAGGACUUCCUGGGGCUCAAGCGCAUCGUCACCGACAAGCACUUCUACUUCAACCGCACCAAAGGCUUCCCGUGUCUCAAGAAACCCGAGAGCAGCGGCUCGCCUCGCUGCCUGGGGAAGUCCAAGGGCAGGACUCACGCGCAGAUCGACCGGGACGCCGUCGAGCAGCUGCGCGACUUCUACAGACCCUUCAACGUCAAGUUCUAUGAGAUGGUGGGGCACGAUUUCAAGUGGGACUAGUAGUUGGGGCCGACCCGUACUUUUACAGGGCAGACGGACCGAUUCCGAGGAGGCGUGCAGCAAAUCCAAUCAAACCUGGCGGGGCAUCACCUCCGCUUGACCAUUUCGCUUCCCGAGCCUAUUCAUCGAAAAGCAGAGCAAAAGGGUAUUCUGGGAAGAAGGACUAUCAAGUGACGGUCAGACGCCUUGAUCGGUACUUUAAGGUAUGAAGCAAAAGCACUUUAGGGGAUUUUCUUGCGUGUUGAUCCAUUCAAUUCCGCCCAUCGCCCCAGUCAAAAGGGAUCUGGAGUCAUCCCA